ACCGUCGGAAAUUGAAAUUUCCGUCACAUGCAGCGGAGCCUACCUAGGAAGAUCUCCAUGUGAAGACUUGGAACACAAUUUCACAACGCUUUAUUUUAUUGUGAUUUCUCCAAAUACAGAAGAUUGUGUUUGACGCGCAAAUAGCAACAGUUUCUUAAUUUCAUAACACUCAGUAUCAGUUCCGGAGCCCCGCCGAAACUUUCGAACGUUUUUGUGUUGAUUACCCCCUCCCGCGCGUACCCAGACACUGAGGCGAGAUGUCUUCUCCCCGCGAGCUUCUCCGUUAGACCAUACACCACAGCACUUUGUCGAGUGGCCUCGAAUGACACGGUGCCUCAGAUUUCAUUCACAGGUGAAGAAUGAGACGUCAGUUUUUACUUUUCGUCGAUCAUUUAACUCCUUUAUAUUUCUCAAAUAGUUAAGGAGCUUUUAAGAAUGUCGUCUACGAAUUGCUUUGUCCUGUUCUUCCUAUCAUACGCUAUCAACUUGACUACCAGUGACAAAUCUGGCAUCUCAAAAAGGUCCAACUCUUUGGAUUCAGACGGUCCGGAUCUGGGGAAGAAUGCCUUGUCGACCAGAGGGGAGGCUUUGCUCACAAACCACCUGCUCUCCCACAGUGCUUUCGACAAAGAGAACAAGUCCACUUUCAGUGUCCGCGGCGAUAAGCAGGAGGUCUGGGACUGGCCACUGGACCCCACAGACGCCCAGCAGCUCUCCCACCUGAGGGCCAAGAGACGGCCCAUCGUCAAGACGGGCAAGUUCAAGAAGAUGUUCGGCUGGGGCGACUUCCAGUGCAACAUGAAAACAGUCACGCUCAACCUGCUCAUCACCGGCAAGAUCGUGGACCACGGCAACGGCACGUUCAGCGUCUACUUCCGCUACAACGCCACGGGCCAAGGCAACGUCUCGGUGGGCCUGGUGCCGCCCACCAAGGUGGUGGAGUUCGACCUGCUCCAGCGGGUCACGGUGGACGCGUCCGAGUCCAAACUGUUCAACUGCCGCGUGGAGUACGAGAAGGUGGAGCGCGGCGCCAAGAGCUCGCUCUGCGGCUACGACCCGUCCAAGACAUGCGUGCAGGAGCAGACCCACAGCCACGUCUCCUGGCUCUGCUCCAAGCCCUUUAAGGUCAUCUGCGUCUACAUCGCCUUCUACAGCACCGACUACAAGUUGGUGCAGAAGGUCUGCCCCGACUACAACUACCACAGCGAUACUCCUUACAUGCCCUCGGGGUAAUAGCUCUGUGGGGCCAGGGAGAGGUCAGACUAAAGAGGUAUUAGGGUGUGAAGACUGAUGACACAUUGUGCAGUGAUGUACAGUAUAUAUUAUAUAUUGCAUGCAGAAUAUUUCUGUUGUGUGAGUGACUUUUUUGGAAGAUAUUUAAAAGACAACAUAUUGUUUGGUUGUGUGCAAGGCAUUAAAGGAUGAAGUCAGUUUAUGGGCAAAAAUAUCAUAUCAGCCUGUGUUGGGAAAGUGCAGUGACGGUGCUCUAAGCUUCUUAGCAGCUGUGUUUAUGUCUGGUAUCAAAUGUUACCCGAUUCUUAUUACUAAAGUAGAUUACCCAUGUACAGCUCUCUAGUGUUUAUGCUUUAACUAAACUGAGUUUAGAAAAUAAUCCAACACUUUGGCAGCUUUAUGGUGUGUAACUGUUAAUAUAGGAACUUGUGAAACUUAUGAACAUUAUCAUAGUGCUGGAUAUGUAAUUACAACAGGAGGUUCCAUGUGUGAUUAAAACUGAAUGCUAGAUAUUAUUCACAUUUGUUUAAAUUAAUGUUU